CCGGCUUUUUGAUCAGGGGUGGAUCUGAUGUUGUGCUCCUGAUCGGAAACACAAGGUUCAGCUUCUCAGAAACGCAGCAUCUUCUUCACACUCCGAGGAAAAAAGGUUUCUUGUGGACUGAUUUCAGUUGUGGGAAAAUAUUUUGAUGUCUAAGUACAAAAAAUCCAUGAAUAAUAUAAAGGAAGAUGGAACAAAAUGGAAUAGAAACAGCAAUCAGGUAGGAGAAAGUGCCUUGUGCAGCCAAUAUGAGGAGAGGGUUCGCCCAUGUAUCGACCUCAUCGAUUCUCUGAGGACCUUUGGAGUGGAAAAAGACCUGGCAUUGCCAGCAAUUGCUGUGGUUGGAGACCAGAGCUCUGGAAAAAGCUCAGUUCUGGAAGCAUUGUCUGGAGUUGCUCUUCCUAGAGGCACUGGAAUUGUUACUAGAUGUCCUUUAGAGCUCAAGCUGAAGAAACUGCAGUCUACAAAGACAUGGAGUGGUAAAAUUGUGUACAAGGACACAGAGCAAAUACUGACUAGCCCAUUAGAGGUGGAGAAUGCAGUAAUAAGAGCCCAGAAUGCCGUGGCUGGUGAUGGAGUGGGAAUUAGCCAUGAACUAAUUAGCUUAGAAAUCACCUCCUCAGAUGUUCCAGAUCUGACUCUGAUUGACCUGCCAGGAAUUGCAAGAGUGGCUGUGGGCAGUCAACCAAAAGACAUUGGCAAUCAGAUUGUACAAUGAAUUAAGAAAUAUAUUAGCAAACAACAGACCAUCAAUUUGGUAGUGGUGCCAAGUAAUGUAGAUAUUGCAACUACAGAAGCAUUGAAAAUGGCUCAAGAAGUGGACCCUACAGGCGAAAGAACACUUGGAAUUCUGACCAAGCCUGACCUGAUUGACAAAGGAACAGAGGCAGAGGUGGUUGACAUAGUCCAAAAUCAUAGAAUUUUCUUGAAUAAAGGGUAUAUGAUAGUUAAAUGCCGUGGGCAGGAGGACAUCAACCAAAAAAUUACCCUGGCAGCUGCAAUCCAGAAAGAAAGAGAAUUUUUUGAAGAACAUGACUACUUCAGACCUCUUUUGGAAGAAGGCAGAGCUACUGUCCCACUUCUGGAAGAAAGACUCAUGCAGGAGCUGAUAGAACACAUUACUAAAUCAUUACCCAAGUUACAAUAUCAAAUAAAGUGCAAACUUGAGAAAGCCAAUAUCGAUCUACAGGAAUGUGGUCCAGGUGUACCUGGGACAGUGGAAGAACAGCUGUUUUUCCUUAUAGAAAAAAUCAAGCAAUUUAACCAUAGCAUUUCAGGUGCAGCACACGGGGAAGAAGUUUUGAUAAAUAAUAAUAAACCAAGAUUGUUCACAAAAUUACGGCAACUGUUUAAUAAGUGGCAGUUGGAGAUUAACGACAAUGCUUCAGAUGUCAGAGAUAUUGUGAAAGAAGAAGUGUGGGGCUUUGAAAAUAAAUAUCGUGGAAAAGAACUUCCUGGGUUUAUCAAUUACAGAACUUUUGAGACAAUCAUAAAACAGCAAAUUAUGCUAUUAAAAAAACCAGCUGCAGAGAUUCUGAAGAAUGCUUCAGAUGUUGUGCGAGAAACAUUUGUUCAAAUUGCCAGCCAACACUUCAGUGAUUUUUACAAUCUUUUGACAGCUGCUCAGAAUAAUAUUGAAGAUCUCAAAAUGAAGCAAGAGGAGGAAGCAGAAUCUAUGAUCAACAAUCAGUUUAAACUGGAACGUAUUGUAUACUGCCAGGAUGGCAUUUAUAGUGAAGAUUUAAAGGAUGUUAGAACAAAAAAAGUCACCUAUUCAGCUCCAACUGCUGCAAGGCAGUGUUCCAUGGAAGAAAUGACUUGCCACUUGAAUGCCUACUUCAAAAGUUCUGGAAUCCGUCUUGGUACUCAAAUUCCUCUGAUCAUUCAGACCUACAUUCUCCAAGAUUAUGCUGAAAAGUUACAAAAUGCAAUGCUGCAGCUCUUGCAAAGGAAAGAGGAGUUGAGCAAAUUCCUUAAGGAGCGAAACAAUGUUGGCAAUAGGAGGAAUACCCUAAAGGAAAGGAUCAGCCGUCUCACCAAAGUUCGAGAGUGCUUAGCAAAAUUCCCAAUAUAAACAUGAGGUGUUUCUGUGUUGCUCGUCCAUAGUGAUAUUUAACUAAAUACUUUGAAAAUACAAAAUUAGGGACAUUAAUGUAUAUUAGAUUUUAAGACUGUAUUUCAACCUUCAUUCAUGACAAAGAGGAGAGUAUUGGCUGUUUACCAUUUCUUCCUUUCUACCCAAUGCAUUUCUUCCAAGUAGAGUAUGAAGAUAGAUUGUGGCAUUACUUUCAUGAGACAGGGUCUCAAGUAGUGUGUCUGUGAUAUUUUUAACAGCAGUUGAGGAUCAACAGCUGGUAGUUUAUGGAUAACCUCUGCUGUAGUAGCUCUCUACCAUCAGCUUUGUAGAGAAAGUCAUGAUCCGGGCUGACUAGCAUCUCUAUGGAGAGGUAAGACUGACAGCACAAUCAGGAGGGAGGGGUUUGAAUCCCCCUCUAAAGCCAGUGCAGGCUUGUGUCAUUGGAUUUGCCUUUUCUGGGGCACUAAUGCGGGUGGAGGGGCAAACUCGCCAGUGGCAGCCUGCAGCGGACCCUGAGACAUCCAACCAUGGUGUCCAUCUCCUCUCCGGCCCACCCACACUAGUGUCCCAGGGGCAUUCCAGAGGCCAACCUUAGUCAGCCUCCAGAGCCCUUUUGGCCCCCAUACACCAGCUAAGAGAAAAUGCAUCCCUAAGCACCAGUUGGCCUUAGUGUUCAUUUGUCCAAAAAUAAUCUCAUAGCUAAUCUGUUAUCAUCUUGGAGAAAGCAAGCACACUGGCCUAGGAACUUUCCUUAUUUGUGUGUAGGGAAAUGGCAGUCUGGAGCAGGGAGACAGGGUGGGGAAAGGAUUAGGUACUUUCUGUCUUUUCCUGAAGGGGUGUAGGAUAACAAUCUGGUUUUUCGCACCAGCUCUAUGAAGGCUGAUGAGGAUAAAACACGGACUAGCCCAAGGCCAAUCAAUCAGUCAAUUUGAUAGUAGAGACUUGAGCAUAAAUUUUUAUUAGCACUCCAGCUAUUGCACCAUAUUGGAUUUCCCCCUUUCCCAGUCUACCAUUUCUUCACUCCAAUACUUGUGGAAAUCGGUUUUCCUUUAAAAAAAAAAAGAGUUAUUGGGCUUCAGUUACACCUAGAAUUGUCAGUGGGCCUGGAAAAAACUUCCUUCUUUUUAAAUCAAGCAAAUGUGCAGAAAUGGGCUGCUGAAGCUUUCAUGGCAUGGAAUAAAUAACAUCCCAUUAAACUUCUAUGAAAGGGACAGGACAUUCUUUCUCCAGGCAGUUGGCAACCUUAGUUACAUGCAUUAUCUUCAAGGUGCUGGUGUUGACCUU